AUGAGCAUUCCUUUGACAGAGGCCCUGAUCAUAUUCUGGCUAACAUUGUGGCAAAUCUACGCCACAUCUGCUAGGCUUAGUUUUCUAAAAGACCAGUCAAUGGAUGUCGUUUUUCCCUAUCCUGUGCACAAAUCUUCAUCAUCAAGCCCUGAAGGACAUAUGCAUCCAUUAGGCGCCCAAAGACGACCCGAUGGUCCCAUACACGAAGAGAAGGAGAUGCCAGGUAUACGAGAGUUCUACGAGAAGUAUGUCCAAGUUAACAAGCCAGCAGUUUUCAGGCAAUCUAUCUCUACACAAGCUCCAGCUUUCCUCAAGUGGUCUGAUGAUAAAUAUUUGAAUGAGAAAUACGGCAAUCUGAACGUCAGUGUCCGGGUGAAGCUUGCCCGCAGACAAAGCCGAAUCUUGUCUGAAAAUAAAAUGAUGAAAUUAAAAAGAUUCAUCUAUGACUAUUUGUACGAAAAUCUGUACCUGGCCAGUAACCUGCCCAAGCAGAUGAUGCCUGAUCUGCCGCUACCCAAAUGCCUGCGAUGUGGCACGCUAAGUGAAAACUUGCUCUCCGUUCAGCUGUGGAUGUCUGCUGGCGGCACCUCCAGCCUGGUGCACAGCCAUGACAAUCAUCUCAUGCACUGUGUUAUCUUUGGUCGAAGAGACUUCAUCCUCAUUGAAGAAAGUCAUAAAAACGCUUUCCCCUGGACCGAAGACUAUCCUGGGUCACUAGGCGGACAUUCGGACAUGGACACAGAGAUGGUCAAUAUGUUCAGCUUCAAGAGCAUCCUUCGGGUUCCGUGGAUCUGGUCCACCCUCUACCCUGGCAACUGUUUGUUUGUCCCUGCUGGUUACCUCCAUCAAGUUCGUUCCUACGGCAGGAGCAUCUCAAUCACAGUGGAGUUUUUCCCCGUGACAGAGUUUGACGAUUCUGGCUGUGAACUCAACGAGCAGGAGUUUAUCCCACUCAGCGACGCCUAUUUCCUGACCGUGUUCGCCAAUGGAAGGCUGAGACUGCAAGACGAGGAGCUAAAUGCGGAGAGACUAAGACAUAUUCUCAUCUCCCUAGUCGACAGAAAUGAUGUUUUGAAGCUAGACAAAUUUGACUAUUUCUUCAAGGAAGUUGUAGGGGAGGAUCCUGCGCUGCCAAACCCGUACACUGUAUUUAAAAUCCUCAAUUUUGGCAAUCACCUGGACCAGAUAUCGAAAACCUCCCUGCUGAGCUUAGACAGCUCCCUGCUGCAAAAGAUGGCCGAUGUCUUCAACAAGGCCUAUGCCGAAAUCGAAAAUCAAGAACAAGAUUUGGUCAAGGAAGAGGAGUUAGCUACAAAUGCAGACACAGAACGAGGGUUGCACGAAGAGUUCUAA